AAGGGCGCCCACGAGCUUAGUAGGAGCCAAUAGGAUCACUGCGUCUCCUACAGGCAGUUGGGCAGAGAAGACACUACUUUCGAAGACGUGCCGUUAACGGCGACACCUGUCGGCGCAGAGGGUACGGUCCAGUCUCUAUCGAAAAGACUGGGGUACCCUAAGGCCAGGCCCCGGGGCCAUUGGUGCACCAAUCAGCAGGCGGAGUGCCGGAUUAUGCGGCCUGUGAUUGGAUGGGUCUAUUGUGACACACACUCCUUCCCCCGGGACGGGCAGAGAGUGUGAAGCGACAGCGAGCUGGAAUGUAACCUUAUCUAUCAGGGACUCAAGUAAUCAGUUUCUGGACUGAAGGUAAAGGUUGCCAGUCAUUUGAUCAGCUGUUGCAGUUCCCAGCUCUGUCAGACUGAGGUGUUUCCAGCUGUGACCAAAAUGGGUGAUGCUGAAAAAGGCAAGAAGCUCUUUGUUCAGAAAUGCUCUCAGUGCCACACCGUUGAAAAAGGGGGGCCACACAAGACUGGCCCGAAUCUUUGGGGUCUGUUUGGUCGCAAAACAGGACAAGCUGCAGGAUACUCUUACUCAGAUUCAAACAAGAACAAAGGUGUUGUGUGGAAUGAAAAUACACUGAUGGAGUAUUUGGAGAACCCUAAGAAAUAUAUUCCUGGAACUAAAAUGAUUUUUGCUGGCAUUAAAAAGAAGAAUGAGAGAGCAGAUGUUAUUGCAUACUUGAAAAAGGCAACCUCUUCAUGAAGUGUUCUUACAACUACUGUUAUGUCAGAAAGUGUUUCAAAAUUUGAAUCUCUCUUGUAUCAGUAUUCAUGUUUCAGUAGUCUGUUAAUAUUUAUUAGGUACUAGUCUUAGCAUCCGAAAAUAUCAGUCUUUAUUUGAUGUUUUGCUAAGCCUACUACCACAACAAAAUAAGGGUGAGCACUAUGUAAACUACUUCUAUAAUGGUAAAGGUGGGCAUGGCCCUGUACAUACAUUUCAAAAGAAAAAUGUUGUUCCCUUUUCCAAGGAGCUUCCAAAUGAAGGGUCUAGUCCUGCAUAUACUGGUAUAUAUCUGGAAUUAUACACACACCCGAACAGUCACACUGAUUUCAAUAUAAAGUUGUAAGUUAGUACAGUUACUCACAAGUGCAAGUGGUUGUAGCAAUGGACCCUAAUGCUUCUUCCUUGAAGAUUUUACUUAGGCAAAAUUCUCAACAAAAUCAGUGAGGGCUCAGCAUUUUGCAGGAUUCAGCCCUAACUUAAAAGAGCAAAGGAUGACAAACAGUGGAGAAAAAGCCAGUCAGCUUUGUAUCAAGAUGUUAGUAUAAAAGUGAAGCUGGAGGGAUUGGAUCAGCUACAGUUUGAUCUGUAGAUAAUUUCAAAACUUUAGCUCACUCCUUGUAUUAGUGUUUCUUUGUGUGUUAAAAGGACAUAACUGUCCACCAAUCAGCAGUCUCUUCAUUACAGUUUUUUUCACUCUAUGUGUUCACUACAUGAGUCAAAUAUAUUAAAGGUAUCCAGCCCCCUUACUAUAAAGAAACAAACAAGGUCUGGCAUAGCUCAAAUGAUGGUAAUAAUAGCAGGAAUACUUUCACCUUUAGUUCAUAUUCACAACUGUUCCGGUAGCCUAUAUAAAAUGUAAUGGCUUAGCCUGGGUCUGAGAGGACAGGAUUACUACCUGAGCUGAUACCUUACUUGGGUACUUUAGAGAAUUCAAGGAUUAUACGGGCAUGGAAACUUCAUUAAGGCACUUCGGGCUCAGGCUGUGAAAGUCUCAUUUAUUCUGUACCAUACCUAUUAUAGGGUUAUAAAUCUUGCACCUUUCAAAUGGCAAACCUUAAAAACGAGGUUGGAGUGGGGAUUGAGGAAAUUAAGAGCAUACAUCUUUAAAUAGUGAAAUCUGCAUCUAUUUUAUAUCUUUUUAUAAAGACUACUUAGCCGUACUGCUGACAGUACUAGGUCUUCCCAGGGUUCUGUAAAUACUGAGGUGUUAACUUACAUUAUUGUUAAAGGCCGUACUUUCAUGUGUUUGGCCAUCGAUGAUCUGUGCAGAAUGUAUCCCAAUAAUAUUAAAGAUGUUAGUAAAAAGAAAACAUAAAAUACAUUAAGCAUCUAAAUUUAAUUUUAAAGCAUUUAAUUUUUUUUACAAUACUAAUUAAGCACUACAUUGUAACCAUAUAUAGUACUAUAGUGAUUGAUGCUAGAGAAAAGAUGUCUUGGUGGAUCUCUCAAACUUUUCCCUAGCCUCCCCAUCAUGAUUCCCAUCCCUCUUAACAAUAUGAAAAAGGUAGCAUCAUUGUAACCCCCUGGCAUUAUGACCCAGAGGUUGAGAAUUCAUAUCUUAAAAUUUGUAGGGUAGGUUGUCUGCAAGUUCUGGCAGGUAUCACUGCAGCAGUUUAGGAUCAGUUCACGUUUCUAAGGUCAGCUUCACAAUCACAAGAGCUAGACUUUUUUUUUUUUUUUUUUUUAAAUGAAAGGGAAGGGAAAGGCAGAUGGUUGCAGCCCCCCUGAAACCUGUUUGACUCUUUCCUUCCAGCACCCAGGUUAAGAACACUUGCCUUGGACAAUUAAACAAAUUAAAAUAUACUUCAGCAUGGUUAAGGUCAGCCUUAGUUGAAUGAAGAAAGCACCAAUACAAUUCCCAUUUAUCGAUAUAGCACCAGAUAUAUAGGUAUUGCUCAUAAUCCCUACAUUGUUCUAGUACUUAGCAACCAAGCCUUGCAACGUUCCUUUGAGGUGGGGGAAGUACUAUAAUCCACAUUUUAAGAAAGGAGUAAUUGAGGCCCAGAACAGUUAAAUGACAUAGUCAAGAGUAUAAGUCUGUGCACAGUUGGAACUAGAACCCAGGUUUUGUUCCCAUACCUGUUCUUUUAGCUACCGACAGACAAUCUUUCUCUCUCUGUUUACAGAUA